UCUCUUUAUACUCUUUCCGUCUAUGUUCAUGAUUCUUUGACUGUAUUUGUCAAUUUUUCACUUUUUCUAAAAACCCACUUUCCUUUCUUCUUCAAUCUCUCGUCAGUUCUGCAAAUCUAGAUAAUUUCUGUGUGAAUUCCAGAAAUGGUGGGUGGUUUCUCGAUGGUGGGUUCAUCCAUUAUGGAUUCCCAUUCGUCUCCUCCAUGUUUGUGCUUAGAUUCUAUGUAUUCAUCCAAUUUGAGAAAGCAUCUUCAGUAUCGGCCAUGGUCGGUAGAAUUAAGCAGCUCAUUUGUGGAUUCGCGUCAUGGAUGGCUUCAAAUGACUGCUGCUAGGAGAAGGAGAAAGCAAAACAAAGAUUCUUUCUUUAAAAUUGUUAGUGAAUUGGGUGGGCAGUAUGAUGAUACCUUUGAGGAUGUUAAGACACAACUUCUUAAUUAUUUCACAUAUAAGGCAGUGAGGACAGUCCUAACACAGCUUUACGAGAUGAAUCCAACGCAAUAUCGAUGGUUCUAUGAUUUUGUUGCUUCAAACAAACCGGGUGAUGGCAAACGCUUUAUACGCAGACUUGUAAAGGAGAAGCAAGACCUAGCCGAAAGGGUAAUGGUAACGCGACUUCACUUAUACGGGAAGUGGGUCAAGAAAUGUGAUCACGCCCAAAUGUAUCAGAUGAUCUCAGACGAGAAUCUGGAGUUGAUGCGAGAACGGCUCCUUGAGACUGUAAUAUGGCCAUCCGAUGACACAAACACUGAGAAGAUCGGAUGAUUCGAAUUUAAAACCGAACUCAGCAUAAGAUAGUAUUGUAUUAUUGUUUAGGGUUUAAACCUAAUUGUAUCAUUGCCCAACUAGGGGUGUAGAGAAUACAUGGUAAUUGAUAUGCUACAUUGCUGAUUUAUUGUCCCAGAAAAAGAACUUAAUGGCAGUUGAUGGUCAAUUUGAAUAUAGUUUAUAA